CCUUCGUGAAUUGUGAUUCGGUGUUUUAAAAAGUGGAAUAAAGCCAAAAAGACAAGAGAACACCAUUAAUAGCUUUCAAGAAGACAUGACACAUCCCUCUUCCUCCGCCUCCUCCCGUCCCUUUUCAUUUUCUGGGUAAUUCUCAAAAUAUUUCGUUUCCUUCAAAAAUCCAUCAAUUUCUUGUCUUAGAUUUGAAUCUGAAUCAGACAAAACACCAAUAAACACAAAGUCUAGAGUUUUGUUUCCAGGGUAACAAAUAGAUCUUAAAGGAGCAAAUAAUUUGACUACAACAAGGGCAUUUUCACGUUUUUGAAUUAAGGGAAUUGGACUCACCAUGGCUCCUGGAGGCAGUGCUUUGAAAGAAGUCCUUGAAUCUACUUCAACAGGAAUGGACUACGAAGUUAAAAUGGCGAAAGCCGAAGUUAAUAACAACAAACCUACAAAGUCAGGGAGCGCAGGAGUUGGAAAAUAUGGGAUGCAUUCAAACAAUGGUGUCUACGAGCUUCUCGAAUGUCCAGUGUGUACAAACCUAAUGUACCCUCCAAUUCAUCAGUGUCCAAAUGGCCACACAUUAUGCUCAAACUGCAAAGCGAGAGUGCAGAACACUUGCCCUACAUGUCGCUACGAGCUUGGUAACAUAAGAUGCUUAGCUCUCGAGAAAGUUGCAGAGUCCCUGGAAGUUCCAUGCCGGUACCAAAGUUUGGGGUGUCAUGACAUUUUCCCUUACUACAGCAAGCUUAAGCACGAGCAGCACUGCAGGUUUAGGCCUUACGCUUGCCCUUAUGCUGGCUCUGAGUGUUCUGUUACUGGUGAUAUCCCCACGCUUGUUGUUCAUCUGAAAGAUGAUCAUAAAGUGGAUAUGCAUGACGGUUGCACAUUCAACCACCGUUAUGUUAAAUCAAAUCCACAUGAAGUUGAGAAUGCUACAUGGAUGCUUACGGUGUUCAACUGUUUUGGGAGACAGUUCUGUUUACACUUUGAGGCGUUCCAGCUAGGGAUGGCUCCAGUUUACAUGGCGUUUCUUCGUUUCAUGGGAGAUGAAAACGAGGCAAAGAAGUUCAGUUACAGCUUGGAAGUGGGAGCUCAUGGACGUAAACUAACAUGGCAAGGGAUCCCUAGAAGCAUCCGUGACAGUCACAGGAAAGUCAGGGACAGUCAAGACGGUCUCAUCAUCCCUAGAAACCUCGCACUCUACUUCUCUGGAGGUGAUAGGCAAGAACUCAAGUUGAGAGUGACCGGUAGAAUCUGGAAAGAAGAGUAAGCCGAAACGAAGCAAACAAAGAAUUGAUGUACAUAAGAAGCCUCAUGGAGAGGUAUAAUGGAUUCUUCUCCAAUGGAGAUGAAGAUGAGAUGAUGGUGUGAUAUUCUUCUACGAUGAAUCAGUCUGAGAGAGCCAUUGUUACUAUUUUGUGGCUGCAAGAUUCAUAUUAUCUCUGUACUUUUUUGGUUUGUUUCUGUUGGGUUUUUGAGGUUUCAGACAAGGAAUGUAGGGAAGUAAGACCUGAUUAUGGCAAUGUACUUGUUGGAAAACCAUGUCAGAAACAGUGUGGUGCAUCUUUUUGUUGGUUUAAAAUGGUGAUUUUGAUGCAAGAGCAUCAAUGGAA